CCAACGAGUUAUUUCCAGAAACCAGAGCGACGCGUCAAAUUGCCACCCUUCACUUAGUACUAGUCUGGUUGAACCGGUUCCCUUCCAGCAAAACCAAACCAAAAAGACAAGGAAAUGGCAGCAGCUACCAGCUUUCUCUCCACCAGCUCCAUUCUCCACCCUUCUGGUUCAACCUCUAGCACCAGCAACACAAAACUCUCAACUAGAGCUACUUUCUUCUCCUUUCCGUAUAACUGCAACAAGGCCAACCACACCAUCUCUUUCUCAUGCUCUGCUAAUCCAUCUCCAAGUUCAGCUGCUUCAACUGAACCUCCAGCAACAAAACCUCUGAUUGAGCUUCAAUUCAUUGGGACAAAACCAGCAGAGGAUGGGUCUUUUCCUGUGGACAUGGCAUCGGCCAUUAGCGGCGAGAAGCUCCUUCGUAACAUCAUGCUUGACAAUAACAUUGAACUCUACGCUGCCUAUGGAAAGGUGAUGAACUGUGGAGGAGGAGGAAGCUGUGGAACAUGCAUUGUGGAGGUUGUGGAAGGGCAGGAGCUUCUCAAUGAGAGAACUGAUACUGAGAAACGGUAUUUGAAAAAGAAACCUGAGACUUGGAGACUUGCCUGUCAAACUAUUGUGGGAAACAAAGUAAAUGCUGGCAAGGUUGUUGUUCAGCGCAUGCCUCAAUGGAAGAAGUGAUUACUUUAAUCAUUGUUUUACAUGUUAAGGAGGCAGCAGGUCUGUCUUUGAAUGUUGAGUGUCUUGGCUUUGUGUACAUACUCAAACUCUUUUGAGACAUCAUGUUCCAUGUAAACAGAGAUUGCUAUGAAUGGAAUAAGAAGAAUAAAUUUUAAUUUUUUCU